AUGGUUCGCAAUUAUUCAACACUGGCCAUUGUCGGCCUCGCCGCAUGUGCAGCCUGCGCCGCCGACGCCGCCGCCGAAGCAGCCACCAUCGGCACAGGCGUCUUUUUCCACAUCCUUGGCCACAACAGCGACAGGCUUCUCACGACUCGGCAAAAGGGCAGCGCCGGCGACAAGUGCCUUGCCGGCCAAGUCGCCUGCGACGCCGAGUGCAUUGACCAGUCCUUCGAGUGCUGCCACGUCGGCCAGGGCCAGGCCUGCCAGGCGGGCUACAGCUGCUAUAGCCAAGGUUGCUGCCGCCAGGGUCAGACGUGCUCCGGCCCGCCCAAGGGCUGCACGGCGACGACCAAGAUGUGCGACAUUGGCUGCAUCCCCAAAGAUCGCGUGUGCUGCGACUUCGGUGACGGCUCGUCGUGCGACUCCGACACCGUCUGUCUAGCCUCGGGGGUCUGCGGCCGCCAGCAGAGCGAGCUCGGCCCCAGCAGCGACCGCGGCUCUGGAUCCGGGUCUAGCCAGACACCGACGUCGGGAGGAGUUGUCAUCAUAUCAGACACCAGCGGCUCGACUGCAGCUGCCUCGUCGCUUAAGACGCAGUCGGAUACCGCCGUCGGCGCGAGUAUAACGUCGUCUGCCGCCGAGGUCAGCAGCGGCGUGUACAGUCUCUCACCUAUCACGACGACGGGCGAGGCGUCAUCGCGCGCCUCUCCAACGGGCAAGCCAAAACCAACAACGAGCGCGGGCAGCAGCGCAACCAGCUCCGACAGGGGCGGUUCGGGUGCGACGCUCAAGGCGCCGGCCAUCUUGGCAGGACUCUUCGCGGCGGCAGCGUACGCCAUAUAA